GCUGGAAAUUAGAAACAUAAUUAGUAAUUAGCAGAACAAACCUAACUAGUAAUUAGAGUCCAGAAUAUGUACUGUAAGUAGAAAAGAAAAGAGAAUGGCAGCUGCAUACCUAAAUAGAUAACAACGCCGGGUGAAUGGUGAUGUUGCUGAUAUUCCCCCUGCUCCUGGCUGGGAAAGUUGGCUGCUGCUGGUCUGCUAUUGGAGGCGGCGCAGCAGAGUGAGAAGAAGGAAGCCGCCGCGGCCAGCGCCGGUGAAUGAAGGAGGAAGAGCGCGGAGCGGCAGAGACGCGGAGGCGGAGCUAGCGAGCUAGGUCUCGCUGAGGCUGGCGCUGCGGCUGCGCUGGGUGGAGGACGCUGUCUCACACUCUCGCUGUCUGACUGUCUCGCAGUUAAGUGAAAGCCGAAAGGGAAUAGGCAGCCAGGCAGGGUAAGGGUCGACUAAGGGUAAGGGCCGAAAUGGCCAAGGCCCAAUGCUACAUUUCUGAAUUAGUGAAUUGGGUUGGGGUGUUGGGCUGUGGGCUAUUUCUGGUAAAUGGGUAUAACGGGUACCCACAUUACCCAAACGGGUAUUUGCGGGUAACCCGCGGGUACCCAUAUUAGGAAUAUACAAUCCCAAGUCCCAUCCGUUUAUAAUAAUACGGGUAAUAUGAGUACCCGUAACCCUUAAAAAACGGGACGGGUACGGAUAUACCCAAAUACCCGUUUCCUGUUGCCCACCCCAUCACCAACAGCCUCCUUCCAAAUAAUAAUUUUUGUUGGGGUGGGAAAAAAAGGAAGAAGUAAUCCGUCGGAGAAAAAAAAAAUUCGAAGUAAAAAGAGUUAGUUGGAUUGUGGGUGCGCAACCCGCAGCGACCCUGAAAACGCAACUCCUCUAAUAUGGAUCAACCACUAAUGCACCAUUAUGAUGACAUUUUUAUUGUUUAAUUAUGAACACAAUAUAUGUCACUAGUUCUCCCCACAAUAAUACAGAUUCACCUACCGUGACUAAUAUAAAACUAUAUCCUCUAAGUGCAACCAAACAAGAAAUGAUAAAAGACAAAUACAAAAAGCACACAGAACUAGAGAUCAGUUAGUAUAUAUAAGCAGGUGUAGGUGGAUGAUGGUACACGGUAAUAUUAUCAACUAAUGAAGAAGAAGAGUGCAGAAAGGAACAAAAUCUGGCCGGCAGCAAGCCAGCAGCAGUCACUAAUGAAAUGGCCCGACCUGAAGCACGUCCUCACCAGGCCGCCGCCGACCACCUCCGCCGCCGCCUGGCACCACCACCGCCGCCUUCGCGAGGCGGAAGAAGACCAAGCACAAGUAAAAUACUACCCGCCACCCACCACUCCACGUCAUCAUCAUCACUACACGAUGAUCUCCAGGACCAGUAGCACGAGCGACAGUAGUACUACUGGUUCUCACAACAAUCAGAUGAUGAUGAGCAGCCGCGAGUACUGGGACGCGAGGCGCGUGUUCCUCAGCAGUUACAGCUUCACGGACAAGAAGAAGAAGGCGGACGGAGGUCCGGCCAUCGUACUGGCGACGGACGUGGAGUGGCUGAAAGGCAAGGGGAAGAUGUGGGCCGAGGAAGUGAAGGCGGCGGCGGCGGGGUUCGCCCGGUACGUAGUGCGGGAAGUGAGGAGGAGGAGGGUCGUGGUCAAAGGGUGUAGGUUGACUUUUGCACUGCCAUCGUUUGUUGUCGUGAGGAUGAGGUGCGUCACGCCGUGGAUCACCACCCAACCGCCACCUGGGGUGGUGUCGGUAUAAUUUACAGCAGGGGUCGAGGGAAUUCUCCGUCGAAGCAGCGGAGCGGCGGAGAAACUACGGCUGGCUGGCUUUUAACCGCCUCUCGCACUCGCUGUGUGUUUCAAUUUCGAUUUCAGUUUCUUGUAGUGUAUGUUGGACUGUGCACUGUAUAAAAGACAAAAGGGGAAAACAAUGCUCUUUUUAUUAUUGUCAGUUACCUUUUACGUUCUUAAGAUGGACACCGGACAUGGGUUGCCUCCCAUGCAUGAAGUGCUCCAUCUUUUAUGCAUUUGAUCUAGUCGUAACGUCCAAGCUCUCUCCCCAAUUAAGUGAUUUUUUGAAGUCCAUCGUUAGAGAUGAAAACUCAAGUUGUAUGCUAUCCUUCUUCUUCUUUGACUUGAUGGUGGAUGAUUCAAGCAUAAUUAUACAUAUUUUACCCUUCAUUUCUUGAUCAUUUGACGUGGUGUUUAGCGUUCCUCGGUCUAUUUUAUGCUAGGUUGAGCUUUUUUGGUCAUAUUUUUAAGUCCUAGUACGUGGGAGAAGUUUAGGAGCGAGUUUCGAGGAAUUUGGAGGUCAAAAUGAGCCAAAGAGAGGGAGACUUAUGAGGGUUGUUGGAGCUAUUUUGGAGGUACCCAGCCUCAUUGGAUAUAGAAGAUCAAUGCAUGUUUUAAUGUUUAAUUCUUCCUUCAUCAAGAUUAAUUGAUUUUGCUAGUGACUUAUGAGAGAGAAAAUAGGAUUAUGUCAAUUAGAGAAACAUAGAUUGGGAGUACGAGUUCGAUAACACGAGUGUGAGUCGGGUCUUUGCUUUCUAUUGUGUGGGAAUCUCAUCCAAUAGAGUGGACUAGUGUCGAACGCCUUGAUCGGUUAUUUUAGAGAAGGUUACGACCCCUUAAGCAACUGACUCAAUAUGGCCUUGAUUUUUGUAAUAGAGAUUUUAAAGUAUAGUCAAGGACUCUCCGAAUUAUGAAUCAAGUUAGAGGAUCGUCAAUCAUUGAUCCGGUUAGUAGCUAGGGGGAUUCAAUGCCUAAGUGGACUCCCAACUUGUAAAUUAGCUAGUGUAGUUGUUAGAGUAGUUUAGUUAGCUUAGUUCCUUGAACUUAAACCUUGGUUUGAUAGAUAACAAAUGAAUUUAAAGUAACGAUACAUCUAAAGACCCUAGGGUUCGAUAAUUUUAUUACCUCCUUCCACUAUAUACUACACCAUGCCAUUGGUUAUGUUUGGCCUUCUAUUGGGAGUGUAUUUUAGAGCGAGUUAAGUUUAUAACACCGUUGCCAGGGAAUUCUAGAUUAUCGCGGAAAAGUCUAGGUUUGUUAAUUUAGUCAUUUUUGUUUUGUUCACUUUCCACGUUUGCGUUUGACAGUGUUGUUUGUGUUGGUUGAAUCAUGAAUUCCAAUGACUUCUCCCACAUGUGGGGGUAUCCACCAACGCUCGAAUGAGGUUAACCCGAAGCUUCAUGGAACAAUCAAGAGGCUGGAAGCCAAGGAUUUGGAUUCUAUGACCAACCUCCCUUCCAUGAGGAACAACCAUAUUCAUGGGGAUAUCAAGAAACUUCCCCAUACCAAGAAGACUUCUGUAACACCCUACCCUAUACAUUUUGCCUAAUCAUAUUGUUCAUACAAUUGCAGCGGAAUUAAUCUCGGGUAUUACAUUAAUUGUCAAAAUUUACCCAAAGAAAAUUUCGACAUGAAU